GUUUCUUCCUUUUAUCUAUAAACAUGUUCUCAGCAAGAAUCUUACCCUCUUUCAAGCGUACUGCUUUUGCACAAUCCAAGAGACUCAGUUCUCAAUUAAGUGCAAGCAAACUCAAAGUAAAAAAGGCUGAUGCACUUAAACCUUUAGUUGCUAACAACGAGCUUAUCUUUGGCCACACUUUCACUGAUCAUAUGAUUACUGCCAACUGGGAUGAAAAGAAUGGUUGGGCUGCUCCAGAAAUCCGUCCCUACGAAAAUUUGAGUUUGGCCCCUAGUGCUGUCGUUUUCCACUAUGCCUCAGAGUGUUUUGAAGGUAUGAAGGCAUACAAGGAUGAGCACGGUAAGAUCCGUCUUUUCAGACCUGACAUGAACAUGGCUCGUAUGAACAGAUCUACUUCGCGUAUCGCACUUCCCAAUUUUGAUGGCGAUGAGUUAAUCAAGAUUAUCGGAGAAUAUUUGAAGACAGAUGAGAGAUGGAUUCCUGAAGGAAAGGGAUACUCACUUUAUUUGCGUCCUACCAUGAUCGGUACACAAGAAAUUUUGGGUGUUAAUGCCCCUACUAAGGCUCUCUUGUUCGUCAUUGGUUGUCCCGUUGGUCCUUAUUACAAGACUGGAUUCAAUGCUGUUCGUUUGUUAGCCACUACAGAGUAUGUUCGUGCAUGGCCUCGCGGAACUGGUGAAGCCAAGAUUGGUGGAAAUUAUGCUCCUGGUUUGUUACCUCAACGUUUGGCUGCUGAAAAAGGUUAUCAACAGAACUUGUGGUUGUUUGGUGAAGAGCACUCUUUAACUGAAGUUGGUACCAUGAACUUGUUUAUCUUGAUGAAGAAUGACAAUGGUGAGUUAGAACUUGUUACACCUCCUUUGGAUGGAUCUAUCCUUCCAGGUGUCACCCGUGAUUCCAUCAUUAGUUUGGCUAAGGAAUGGAAAGAGUUUGAGGUCAAGGAACGUCCCAUGACUAUGCCUCAACUUCGUGACCUCAUUAAGGAAGGUCGUGUUGUCGAGAUGUUUGGCUGUGGUACUGCUUGUGUUGUCAGCCCUAUCAAGGAAAUUGGUUAUUUGGGUGAAGAUAUUAAGGUUCCCCUUGAUCCUAAAGAUCCUAACUCUCAAGCCGGCCCCUAUACCAGACGUUUCAAUGACGCUAUCAACGCCAUUCAAUAUGGUGAGGUUGAACAUCCUUGGUCUGUUGUCGUAGAGUAAAUACUGUAGAAUAUAAUUAUCCCCUCUAGUGUCUUUUUAAUGUCACCAUUAUUAAAAUAUCCUGUUUUUUCACGCUAUACAAUGAUGUAACACCUCCUUUUUAUAAAGAAUCAAUGCCAUUAUGUAACCCCUUUAUAUCUU